AUGUUUUGCGAUGAGACACCUAACUCAGAGGAGCGCCGCCUUAUGAGGGAAGGAAAAGGAGAUAUCGGACCUCAGCAGAAGCUCCGGGAACUUCUUCCAGGGGGGGAAUAUCUCACCACAGAAAUGACAGCUCAAUAUAAUCUACUUAACACAGAGCAGAAGCUCCGGGAACUUGUUCAAAGGAAGGAAUAUCUUACUCGAGAAAUGCAAAAAUUAUUCACGAAAAUUGGAAAGAAAGAGAGCCUGCGAAAAAGAUAUUGGCGGAUAUACCUCGUGAUUAUUUUGUCCUUGAAAAAACGUGGUGCCGAUGGUGGAAUGAAUUCACCACUUCUCUCUCUCGAGGAUUUGACCUGUGGCGAUCAUAUUCGCGAUGGUAUCUUCAUUGUCUAUUUCGGGAAGACUGCGCGAUGA